UUCAUACACGCCGAGUCUCUCUCGGCUUCAGGAUACAUCAACACGAGAGGAGAGGAGCUGUCAAUGACCCACGCUCGGAUAUGUCACUCUUAAUCCACUUCAUAACAAUUCUGGCCCUGUGGGGUUCCUGCAGGGCCCAGUUUCCAGAAAUGGCAGAUAUGUGCACAGAGGGGAGCUGUUAUCCCGCCACAGGUGACCUCCUUAUCGGGCGUGCGCACAAACUCACCGCCUCAUCCACCUGUGGGCUGAAGCAGCCAGAGAGAUUCUGCAUAGUGGGACAUCUGGAGGAAGAGAAGAAAUGUUUCAUGUGCGACUCCAGAAACAUGUACGACGAGGACUACAACUCGGUCAGCCACACCAUCGAGAACGUGGUCACCACCUUUGCUCACAACCGCCUCAAGACCUGGUGGCAGUCAGAAAACGGUGUGGAAAACGUAACCAUCCAGCUGGACUUGGAGGCUGAGUUUCACUUCACACACCUUAUCAUGACCUUCAAGACAUUUCGACCAGCUGCCAUGGUAAUUGAGCGAUCGAUGGACUUUGGGAAAUCGUGGCAGGUUUAUCGUUACUUCGCCUACGACUGUGAGUCGUCAUUCCCUGGUGUGUCCUCUGGUCCCAUGGUUAAAGUGGAUGACAUCAUCUGUGACUCCCGUUACUCGGAUAUCGAACCGUCCACAGAGGGAGAAGUGAUAUUUCGUGUGCUGGACCCCGCCUUCAAGAUCGAGGACCCCUACAGCCUGAGGAUACAGAACAUGCUAAAGAUCACCAACCUGCGGGUGAAGUUUGUUAAGCUCCACACACUGGGAGACAACCUGCUUGACUCCCGUGACGAGGUGAAGGAGAAGUAUUACUACUCCCUGUAUGAUAUGGUCGUCCGCGGCAACUGCUUCUGCUACGGCCACGCCUCCGAGUGUGCACCGAUUGAUGGAGCCCCGACAGGAGCAGAGGGCAUGGUCCAUGGUCGUUGUGUUUGUAACCACAACACAGAGGGACUGAACUGUGAGCGCUGUCAAGACUUCUACCAUGAUCUGCCGUGGCGACCUGCAGAGGGACGAAACACUCACGCCUGCAAGAAGUGUGAGUGUAACCAGCACUCCACAUCGUGCCGCUUCGACAUGGCGGUGUACAAGACGACAGGCAACGUGAGUGGAGGCGUUUGCACCGACUGCCAACACAACACGGUGGGCCGACAGUGCGAGCAGUGUGCCCCCUUCUACUACCAGCACCCAAACAGAGACCUGAGGGACCCCAACGUCUGCGAGCCAUGUAGCUGUGACCCAGAUGGGUCUCUGCAGGGCGGUAUGUGUGACCCUCGGACCGAUGUUGCAGCAGGGCUGAUUUCAGGUCAGUGUCGCUGCAAAGCUAAUGUGGAGGGAGAGCGCUGCGACCACUGCAGACCAGGACACCAUGGGCUAGGACAGGGGCCGCACGGCUGUCUUCCUUGUACCUGUAACCCGCUGGGAACUCUGGCGGGAGGAAACACAUGUGACUCAGAGACAGGAAGUUGCUUCUGCAAACGCCUCGUUGACGGACAAAACUGCGAUCAGUGUAUUCCUCAGCACUGGGGUCUGUCUAAUGACAUGGACGGCUGUAGACCGUGUGACUGUGACCAGGGCGGGGCUGUUGACAACAACUGUGACCCUCACACAGGACAGUGUGUAUGCAGGGAGCACAUGUUUGGACGUCGCUGCGAUCAGGUUGAGUCCGGCUUUUACUUCAUCGCUCUGGAUCAUUACACAUACGAGGCUGAGGACGCCAAACAUGGACCUGGUGUGACAGUGGUACACAGGCCUUACCCUCUGGAUCGUAGUCCUACCUGGACCGGUAUGGGCUUUGUUAAUGUGCCAGAAGGGGCUUACCUGGAGUUCCACAUCAACAACAUCCCAGAGUCCAUGGACUAUGAUAUCCUUGUUCGCUAUGAGCCACAGUUGCCGGAGCAGUGGGAGCAGGUAAACGUUCGAGUUCAGCGUCCCAUCUACCACCCUCCAAGCUACUCCAGUCACUGCAGCAACUCCAUCCAGAGUGGAGACGAGCAGUUUGUCUCUCUGCCACCCGGAUCCAGACAUGUGCUGCUGGUGAGGCCGGUGUGUUUCGAGAAAGGACUGAACUACACGAUCCGUCUGAGUCUGCCUCUGUACUCAUCAGUCAGCGACAUCCAGAGCCCGUACACGCUCAUCGACUCUCUGGUGUUGAUUCCCCGAGUCAAAGAGAUGGACAUGUUCCAUGGGAAUGAAGGUGAGGAAGCGUGGGAUACGUUCCAACGUUACCGCUGCCUGGAGAGCAGCCAGAGCGUCGUCAAAAGUCCCAUGACCGACAUCUGCAACGACUACAUCUUCAGCGUGUCUGCUCUGCUGCACAAAGGAGCUAUGGCAUGCCAGUGUGACCCACAGGGCUCCCUCAGCGCUGUCUGUGAGCCCAGUGGAGGUCAGUGUCAGUGUCGUCCAAACGUUGUUGGCAGGAACUGUGACCACUGCGCUCCGUCUACCUUCCUGUUUGGCCCCGCUGGCUGCAGACCUUGUGACUGUGACCGCGGGGGUUCAGUCAACGCCUUCUGUCACGAGGCGACCGGUCAGUGUCAGUGCGCCCCUGGCGCCACAGGCCGUCAGUGCUCCUACUGCCUACCAGGCUACUGGGGUUUCCCUCACUGCAGACCGUGUCAGUGUAAUGGACACAGCGAGUUCUGCCACCCGCAGACUGGAGAGUGCCAAGGCUGCAGAGACUACACCACCGGACACCACUGUGAGAGGUGUCUUGAUGGUUACCAUGGUGACCCAGAGUUGGGUUCAGGUGGCCACUGUCGCCCCUGCAUGUGCCCUGAUGGACCCCGCAGUGGACGUCAAUUCUCAGACAGCUGCUACCUCCUGCCUUCUUCCAACCAGCUGGUGUGUGUGUGCAGCGCUGGCUACAAAGGUGCCAGGUGUGAUCAGUGUGCUCCAGGGUACUUUGGAAACCCCCUGGUCCCUGGUGGUCGCUGCUCGCCCUGCCAGUGUAACAACAACAUUGACAUGCAUGACCCCAGCUCAUGUGACGUUCAGACAGGAGCCUGUUUGAAAUGUCUGUACCACACUGAGGGCUAUGCCUGUCAGCACUGCAAGCUGGGAUACUAUGGCAACGCUGGCACUCAGAGCUGCAGGAAGUGCAUGUGUUACUCAGUGGGAACAGUCCCUCAGGCCUGUUCUUCCCCUGAGGAGUGCCAGUGUAAUCAGAUCAGCGGUCAGUGUCCCUGCCUACCCAACGUGGUCGGUCAGAACUGUGACCGCUGCGCCCCCGACACCUGGAACCUCGCCAGCGGGUCAGGCUGCCAGCGCUGCGACUGUGAUCCCGUCCACUCCUUCGGCUCCUCCUGCAAUGUGGUUACUGGACAGUGUUCCUGCAAGCCUGGUUUUGGUGGCAGGACAUGUCGGGAGUGCAGGGAGCUUUUCUGGGGAGAUCCAGAAGUCAAAUGUCACGCUUGUGAAUGUAACCCUCUGGGUAUCUCCAGCGAGCAGUGCCACCGUUCAACAGGUCAGUGUACCUGUGUGGAGGGCGUGGCCGGCCUCCACUGUGACGAAUGUGCUCGUGGUUACCAGGGCGAAUUCCCUAACUGUGAACCCUGCGACCCCUGCUUCGCCGUCUGGGACACGAUCGUCGGCGAGCUGACCAAUCAAACCAAACGUUUGGAGGCCCAAGUGUCAGAGCUCCAGACGACCGGGGUGACAGCGCCGUAUAAAGAAUUAAUCAGCAGCCUGGAGACAAACAUCAAGGCGGUUAAGGAAAUAAUCAAGGGCAACCCUGCAGGAGUGAAGCUGGAGCAGAUUCAGGAGCUGAUGAACCACAUCACGGGUGUGAUGUCCUACGUCAACAUAAAGCUGAACACAACAGAGGAGGGCCUGAAUCGUCUCCACAGGGACGCCAAUGCCACAGAUGCAAACCUGGAUGCUCUGAUUGAUGAGGCGAAUAAACUUGAGCAGAGCGUCAAGGAUCUGAUACAGGAAGUGUACAACGCCAAGAAUGCCAACAUCCAGGGUGCGAUGGACACGAUUGCAACUGCACAUUCUCAGUCUAGGAUGGCAGAAAUCCGUGCCAAUGCCUCCACCAGCAGCCCUGGAAACACUGUAGAGCAGUCAGCUGCUGUACGGAAAGCCACAGAGGACAAACUGAACAGCGGUCAGAAGGAGUUCAACCGCAGGAUCCAAAGAAACUCACAGAAGCUCGACAAACUGUCAAACGAGCUGGAGGAAUUGGACCUGACACCUCUGAGUGAGAAGACUUGCGGAGGUGCAGCUGAAGGUGACAGCUGCUCGGGGUCUCCCUGCGGUGGUCUGGGUUGUGCUGGUGAGGACGGAGCGCCUCAGUGUGGAGGAGAAGGCUGCAAAGGCGUCGUCACGACCUCCCAGACUGCUCUGAAAUCAGCCAAAGACCUGGACCAGGAGAUUCUGAACGCAAUGCAGGAGGUGGACAAGCUCUCCAGGAUGGUGUGGGAAGCCAACACACGUGCAAACAAAGCCAAAGUGGAUGCUCAGCAGGUUUUGAUCAAAUCCAACCAGAGCAAAGAGAGAGUGGAGCAGAGCAACGAUCAGCUCCGCAACCUCAUUAAGGAGAUACGAGACCUGCUCACCAACGAUAAGACCGACGUUUCAGUGAUCGAGGCUGUAGCAAACGAGGUGUUAGCUCUGGAGAUGCCAACAUCAUCCGAGAAGCUUCUGGAGCUGACCAAUGAGAUCAGAGAGAAGGUCGGCACUCUGACCAGCGUGGAGACGAUCCUCAGUCAGAGCGCCGAGGACAUCAAGGCUGCAGAGGCGCUGCUUAAGGAGGCCAAGGCUGCCAGUGAGCAUGCAUCUAACAUGAAGGAGACAGCUGACGUAGUGAAGGCAGCUCUAGAAGAGACUGAGCGCGCUCAGACCGUCGCCAUGGACGCCAUCCAGCUCGCCCAGAACAACACGAAAGGAACGCUGGACCUGCUGCUCUCUGUGGAGUCAGAGACGGCCGACUCCGAGCUGAAGCUCAGUAACACGACAGAUCGUCUGGUUCAGCUGGAGCGCGAGGUCGGCCUGCUCAGACAGAACAACCUGGAGGUGAACCGACUCACUGAGACAGCUGACUGGGUCGCCGGCCAGGCCAGCCUGACAGCAGAAGAGGCUCAACAGGAGUUUGACCUGGAGGUGAAGGACCGGUUUGAGGAGGUGGAGGGCCUGGUGGAGCUUAAAGGCGACAAUGUGCAGCAGGCAAGGAGGAAAGCAGAUGAGCUGCAGAAGGAGGCGAGAGAGCUGCUAGCUGAGAGCACAAUAAAGCUGCAGAGACUUGGAGAGUUGGAGAGCUCAUAUGAAGCCAACCAGAAAAUUUUGGAGUCCAGAGCAGCAGAGCUGGCAGAUCUGGAGGAAAAAGCCCGCCGGAUCCUGGAGGAGAUCAGCCAGAAAGUGACGAUGUACAGCACCUGUCUGUGAUCGCCAUCUGCAUCACCUCAGACUCUUUAAUGUUCUGACUGGGAUUUAAUGGUGCCAAAUGUUUCAAAUACUGCAGAAGCCCCAAGCGGAUAACUUCCAUACUUUUUACUUACUUAAUUUUCUCAGGGUAACAGGUAAUACCUGAUUAUUUUCUUGAGAUCUUGACUUUUUUCCUGCUCUUUGGGAUACCAAAGCUGGUUUUCUUGUGAUAACAGGAUUCUAUUCUGGUGAUCUAGAAAACAAAAGUCAGAUAAUAACAUGCUGUGCUGCCAUUUCCCGUAUUCAUGUUAAGACUAUUUGCAUGUUUGUUUUGUACUUUUGCACUUCUGGAGCAGCUUGUUUUCUUGGGAAAUUGAGUAAAUAAAAUGUAUGCAUGCCUCUCUGCUUAGGGCUUCUGUAAGAGACAUCUCCCAACAUGUGCUUUAAAGCUAUCAGCACCAAACUGUUAAUGUUCAACACUGUCAGUGCCAAAAGUUUUGUCUCAUUGUGCCUCAGCUGACAACAGUUUAUCAGACUGCUGUGCCAAAAAGUGUUUUAACAAUCGAGACGAGUUUCAAAGCUGCCAAAGACCACAGAAGUAUUAAAAAUAAAACAAAAGAGACCACUCAGAGCCAAAGUGACCUCAGUGCUAAACCAGAAUGUGUAGAGAAUCUAUGAUGAAGCUGUAUCAGAUACAACAAUCUGUGUAUUUAAAUCUAAAAUAUAUGAUAGAAAUAUUAAAGUUUUAGACCUACUUUAAAAGCCCAAAGAUAUUUAUCAUGAACAGGACCAAGAAGUGUUUGUCAGUUGUUAUUUUAAUACAGAAAAAUACAGAAUUUGAUUGAAAAUAAAGUUACUGAAACAUC